UUUAUUAUCCAAGUUUAGCGCCAAUUCCGCCCGACUGAACAAUGCAUAAAGUACGGGGCCUGAUAAGUGAGAACCAACAAUGAGUUGAUAAAUUAUUUUUAUACGGUGUUUUUGAAAUGACUAACUUUGCUCAUGGAUUGUGAGUAUAGUGCCUCUGGGGAAGAGUCGCUCCAGUCUUUUUUGGCCGAAGAUGAGCGCCUUUUACUCAGAUUUCGCAAAAAAGAACUGCUUUUCAAAAUUCUAGUCAUUGGAGAUUUCGGAGUUGGGAAAACUUCGAUAAUUAGACGAUACGCUGAUGGUACAUUUUCGUCUUCGUAUAAAAUUACAAUUGGCGCCGACUUCGCACUUAAAUCUUUAACGUGGGACAAAAAUACUCAAGUUAAUGUGCAAUUAUGGGACAUUGCGGGGCACGAACGAUUUGGUUACCUCACAGGUGUUUACUACAGAUAUGCAGUUGCCGCCGCUAUUGUUUUUGAUCUGACGAGACCUGAGACUUUUAAAUCGGUAGAAAAGUGGUUGCUCGAUCUGCGCAAAAAAGUGCACUUACCGGGAGGUGUUCCCGUACCUGUUGUGAUUCUAGCAAAUAAGGGUGAUAUUACGAUUGCAACCCUGCCUCAAGAAAUAGUGCAUUUCUGCGAGAAAUACAACAUAUUAGCGUGGUUUAUCACUUCAGCGAAGGAUAAUGUCCACAUAGAUGAGGCAAUGUUGACUCUGAUAAAUGCAGCAGUGGAAAAUCACGAAAAUUUGCAAUUUCCCGCUGCCGUAGACAAUGACGUGGUCCAUUUAGCAAAUGAGGAUACUCAGUUUUGUCAAAACAAUCAAACACACUGUUGUCAAAGAUGAGGCUAUAUUUUGUAACAAACUAACAAUAACAAACACAAAUAAAUUAUCGUUCAGGUCGGAUUUUGGCCGAGUUUUUGCGCCGCCGCGAUUGCAUUCUCAUUCGCAAGCAUUUGGAACUCCUGGAAUCGUUGAGAAAUGCGUUGAUUUACUUUGAGAAAUUUUUCGAGGCAAUUUAACGCACAGCGAUCCUGUAAUAGCAAAAUAAAAUGAUCAGAAACC